CCCUUUCACUCUCUCUCUCUCUCUCUCAUCUCUCUAUCUCUUCAAACUGCCUCUGUCGUUUACCUUCCAGCUUUCCCUCAUUUUUCUCAUCGGGAAGCUCUUCGCCUCUGUCAAUCCAUUCACAAGAAAUUCGCUCAGACUUGCAAGAUUCUUUCAGCUUAAUUUGCAAAUAUUAUGUUCGGCAUCAUUGCUCGUAAGCAGUUCGAGGUUUGAAGAGCAGCUCUUUACUCGGUACUCAAACAGCAUACAAGUGAUCUUCUCAGUUAAAAUUUGCUUAUAACAUAUAGAAAUAUAAAAAUGUUCACGAGAAAUAUUGCAAAAUUCAACCAAGCUAUGGGAUUUCAAAGAUCAUCUACCAACAAACCAAAAACGCAGCCUGGUAGUGGUCGCUCCAUACGUAUGGGAGCAUCUAAUUUAUGUCAUCACAUCGCUGGUGGACCUAUUUCCAUAGAGGAUGCAAGUUAUAUCUCAUGGGUGGUGGAACACCCUUCUGCAUUACGUUCAUUUGAUCAGAUGAUGAAAGCAGCAAAAGGGAAGAAGAUUGCCUUGUUUUUAGAUUACGACGGUACUCUUGCGCCUAUUGUAGAUAAUCCUGAUCUUGCCUUCAUGUCUGAUGAGAUGCGUGCAGCAGUACGUGAAGUUGCAAAGUAUUUUCCAACAGCUAUAAUCAGUGGUAGGAGCAGGGACAAGGUAAAAGAAUUUGUACAGUUGAGUAAUGUAUACUAUGCAGGUAGCCAUGGCAUGGACAUUAUGGCACCACCGAGGCCAGUUAAGACUUGUGAUGGGAAGUACCCUACCGUAGCCCUUGAUAAGAAGGGAAAUGAGGUUCUGUUUCAACCUGCUAAGAAAUUUUUGCCUGCAAUCCAAAAGAUACAAACAGCUUUGAAAGAGAAGGUCGUGGAAAUACAAGGUGCCAUGGUAGAGGACAACAGCUUUUGCGUCUCUGUACAUUUCCGACAGGUUAGAGAAAAGGAUUAUGGAAUUUUAGAGAAGCAGGUGAAAUCUGUUCUUGAACAUUAUCCGGAGUUUCACUUAAGUUGGGGUAAAAAGGUUAUGGAAAUACGACCAUCAAUAGAGUGGGACAAAGGUCAUGCUCUAGAAUAUUUACUUGAUACUCUAGGGCUAAGCAAUUCUACCGACGUUCUCCCACUGUACAUAGGAGAUGAUCGAACGGAUGAAGAUGCUUUCAAGGUAAUACAAAGAAGAGGCCAAGGCUACCCAAUAAUAGUAAGUUCCAGUCCAAAGGAUACCAAAGCUUCUUUCUCCCUCCACGAUCCAUCUGAAGUUUUGACAUUCUUGUCACGUCUGGCAAGAUGGAGGAAGUCUUCAAGUUCAAGUAGGUCACUAGCUCAAAUCUGGGGUGUGGGUGAUUGAAUAGAAACCACGUUUUGUUAAUGUAGGGCAAAGUGAAAAUGUUUAUACACAAAAGGCAAGGGAUGGAUGACAAAUCAAUGAAAGGUAUAUGCUUCCCGCUUCUAAAUUAGCAGAUUUGACACGAGUUAUGCAAAUGAUUUUCCAUAAGAAAUCAAAAAAAAGAAAAAAAGAAAAAGGAGGAGUUCCAAAUUUGCAGUGUAAAAUGCAGAAGCAGCAAUAAUAGAUGCAUAGGAAUUUUGGGGCCCAUGAGCAUAGGUCAUCACUAGCUUAGACCAAAAUGAUGGGCUGGGUUUAAUGGUCCAGUUUAAUUAGUCUUUUUUCUUUUCUUUUAAAGAAUAUUCAAAAUGCUUUGGCUUUUUAUUCAUCAAUGUCUAUCUAAAGGAUAUUUUGAUGAUCUUCUUUCCUUAUAUCAGAACAGAUCGUGAUUAACUUAUUUUUAGGAAUCGUUGUUUGAUUACAAUAGCAUAAUCAUAGGAGAUGAUUAAGGCACACAAGCUGUAUAUUUGCUCUCUGUAAC